AGCACUAACACACUUCCCGGCCACCAAUGGUUUCCUCAAGAUUUCUAUCGAUGUUGCUCUCUCUCAUUCUGUUACUUAUGACCAUGAUGCCUGAAAACCUUGCUCAGUCUGCAUAUCCACCGUUUCUAUACCAUUUCUGCAUAAAUGAGAGAGGCAACUACACUGCAAAUAGUACAUAUCAUGAAAACCUCAAAACCCUUCUCUCCUCCCUUCCAUCUAGCACCGGUAACGGCUAUGGCUUUUACAAUUCCUCAUAUGGCAGCGGUGAAAGCUCUAAAGACAAAGUUUACGCAAUCGGACUUUGCAGAGGCGAUGUUCAGCUAAAUGAUUGUCGUAGCUGCCUCAAUGAUUCAAUACAUGCUCUCCCAGAGAUUUGUCCCAACCAGAAGGAAGCUCUUGGUUGGUACGACUAUUGUAUGCUUCGCUACUCAAACCGCUCCAUUUAUGGCAUGACAGAAACUAUGCCUGCUUUCUAUUUAUGGAACGUACAAAACGUCUCAGCGUCAAGCCUGGAUGGCUUCAACCAAGAGCUUAGGAAGUUGCUGGAAAGCCUGAAAAGUGAAGCCGCAACUGGUGGUUCUCUGAGAAAGUUUGCAAUCGGAAACGCCAGUUCUCCAGGCUUUAUAACAGUAUAUGCACUUGUACAGUGUACGCCGGAUUUGUCCGAGCCAGAGUGCAAUGAUUGCUUAGACGGUGCCUUUGCACAGAUUCCAACCUGUUGUAAUGGGAAGAUAGGUGGGAGAGUUAUUACACCCAGCUGUAACUUCAGAUAUGAAGUCUCCCGUUUUUUCAACACAACCGUGGUAGCGCUGCCAUCGCCUCCUUUGGCAUCACCAAUAUCUCCUCCACCAUCAACAAAUACUUCCACAACCCCCACAGGACUGAAGAGUAAUAAAUCUUCAACUCGAACUGUCGUCAUUAUUGUAGUGCCAAUCGUUAUCACUCUGGCACUAAUUAUAUCCCUCUACGUUUGCUUAAAAGUAAGGAAGAGAAAGGAAAAACUUGAAAUACUCCCAGGUGAAGAUACAGAUGAAAUUAGAACUCCAGAUUCCUUGCAGUUUGAUUUUGACACCAUCAGAGUUGCCACAAAUAACUUUUCUGAAGCAAAUAAACUUGGACAAGGCGGAUUUGGUUCAGUUUACAAGGGUAGGCUUCUCAAUGGAGAAGAUAUAGCAGUAAAAAGGCUUUCUAUAAAUUCAGGGCAAGGAGAUUUAGAAUUUAAAAAUGAAGUGUUGCUAGUAGCCAAGCUUCAACACCGGAAUUUAGUGAGGCUUCUUGGGUUUUGCUUGGAAAGAAACGAAAGACUUCUUGUGUAUGAGUUUGUUCCUAACACAAGUCUUGAUCACAUCAUAUUUGACCGUACCAAGCGUGAACAGUUAGAUUGGGCUAUGCGCUACAAAAUCAUAGUAGGCAUUACUCGAGGACUCCUUUAUCUUCAUGAGGACUCUCGCCUUAGAAUCAUACAUCGUGAUCUCAAAGCUAGUAAUAUCCUGAUAGAUGCAGAAUUGAAUCCUAAAAUAUCAGAUUUUGGCAUGGCAAAGUUAUUUGUGCUUGAUCAAACUCAAGGCAAUACAAGUCGGAUUGUUGGGACCUAUGGAUAUAUGGCUCCAGAAUACGCAAUGCAUGGACAAUUUUCUGUUAAGUCCGAUGUCUAUAGUUUUGGUGUAUUAGUCUUGGAGAUGGUAAGUGGACAGAAAAAUAAUUGCUUUCGUCAAGGAGAGAAUGUGGAAGAUCUUCUAAGCUAUGCAUGGAAAAGUUGGAGGGAAGGGACGGCUUCAAAUUUAAUAGAUCCGACAUUGCGGAAUGGGUCGAGAACUGAAAUAAUGAGAUGCAUCCACAUUGGGUUGUUAUGCGUGCAAGAUAAUAUAGCUGAUAGGCCAACCAUGGCAUCUAUCAUCCUCAUGCUUAAUAGCUACUCUCUCAGUCUCCCACUACCCUCACAACCAGCAUUUUUCAUGCAUAGCAAUGUUGGAUCCGACAUGCGUUUGGGUUGGGAGGAUAAUUCAAGGGUGACAGGUUCAUCCGAUCGAUCCAAGAGCAACUCUGCCAAAGCAUCGGACAAUGAGGUUUCCUAUACCGAACUAUAUCCUCGCUAGUGCUUGAAGAUGGAACUGCAUACACAUGUGAAUUAAUGUAAUUUAGCAACUUGUGGAUUCAUGUUCGUUUUACAAUCUUCGCGUUUAGAUAGAUAGGUGUUGAAUAAAGCUUGUCACGGACACAAUCAAAGAACAGUGAAAGAUAGUAAGUUGCUGAUUCAAAUUGGUUUUGUAAAUCAACUUUUAUUUCUUGCUUAUUAGAAU